UAAAAGCAUGCAUCUGUUAUUUUGGAACAAUUCUUACGAACGAUCUCAUAUGAGACACAAGUAUACUUAAUUGUUAAUAUAACGAACGAUAUUUCGCAUUGACUGAAGUAAAACAUCCAAGAUGAGGAUCAUAUAUUUACUACUAAUCGUAGCCGUCUGUGCGGUGAGUGCGAAAUACUUACCAUACGAAACGAAUCCACUUUCAAGGUCUCUAUUAUCACAUGAUGAUGAUGAAUCGUCAUCGUCUUCAGAGACUAAGGAAGAUAAUGAAAGCGAUGUGGAUUCUAGGGAAAGCAAGAUUCAGGAAGAUAACCUGAAGAGACUAGAAAAAAUUGAGAAGGAAAGAAGAAAGCAUGAAGAGGACCAACUUGAGUGCGAAAGGAAAGAUCAGGAAAAACUAGCUGAACAACAGCGCAAACAACAGGAAAGACAAGUUGAACACGAACGUAGGCAGCAAGAAAGACAAGCUGAAACGCAGCGUAGGCAAGCCGAAUACGAACAUAAACAACAAGAAAAGCAGGCUGAACGUGAACGCAAGGAGCAAGAACGUUUAGAAAAGGAAAAACGCAAACAAGAGGAACGAGCUCGCAAGGAAGAAGAGAAAGCUUUGAAGGCCGAAAAGAAACGGGCAGAAGAAGAACGUAAACGUCAGGAAAAGAUUCAGAAACAAGUAGACAAAUUAGAAAAGGAAACUCUUGAAAAAGAACAGGAUUUCCAGGACGCCAUCGAAUCAGCUGAACAAGAUGUCGACCUCGAUGACAUCUGGAAGAUCUACGUUUACGAAAAGUAUGGCUUAACAGGACUUAGCACUGGCCUUGAAAGGAAAGCUGCGCUCAGCCGAUUCUUCACGGAAGAGCUGGGCCUGAAUGCAAACAGCACUAAGAGCGAGAGGCGCCAAGUUAUCACAAACUUUGUUCAGACCAAGAUAUACGAAGAUGUUGCUGCGCUGACUGCCUGGAGGAACCAUUUGGAAUUAUACUUGAACGCAAUAACUGUCCAAGCUGUACGAGCGGAGCUAGAAGAGAAAGUUGAAAAACUCGAAAAUAAGACGGCUUUAUUGCAAACCGUAGCUGCACCCUGGACAGCGAUAGCACAGCAAGAAAUCAAUGAAAAGAAAACUUUACUUCAGUCUGUUGCUCAGCUGUUAUCAAAUCUUCUUCCAAACUGGGUGCCCACUGAUUCAUCUGCAAAUGGCGUAGCUGCUGGUGGUGCAGCUUCUGGAUCAGCUGGUGCUGCCAACUCUGCUAACGCUGCCUCUGGAGCGGCCGGUGCUGCCAACUCUGCUGGCGCAUCCUCUGGUGCGGCUGGUGCUGCCAACUCUGCUGGCGCUGCUUCUGGUGCGGCUGGUGCUGCCAACUCUGCUGGCUCUGCCUCUGGUGCGGCUGGUGCUGCCAACUCUGCUGGCGCUGCCUCUGGUGCGGCUGGUGCUGCCAACUCUGCUGGCGCUGCCUCUGGUGCGGCUGGUGCUGCCAACUCGGCUGGCGCUGCCUCUGGUGCGGCUGAUGCUGCCAACUCUGCUGGCGCUGCCUCUGGUGCGGCUGGUGCUGCCAACUCUGCUGGCGCUGCCUCUAAUGCGGUUGGUGCUGCCAACUCUGCUGACGCUGCCUCUGGUGCGGCUGGUGCUGCCAACUCUGCUGCCGCUGCCUCUAAUGGGGCUGGUGCUGCCAACUCUGCUGGCGCUGCCUCUAAUGCGGCUGGUGCUACCAACUCUGCUGACGCUGCCUCUGGUGCGGCUGGUGCUGCCAACUCUGCUGCCGCUGCCUCUAAUGCGGCUGGUGCUGCCAACUCUGCUGACGCUGCCUCUAAUGCGGCUGGUGCUGCCAACUCUGCUGACGCUGCCUCUGGUGUGGCUGGUGCUACCAACUCUGCUGGCGCUGCAUCUGGUGUGGCUGGUGCUGCCAACUCUGCUGACACUGCCUCUGGGGCGGCCGGUGCUGCCAACUCUGCUGACUCUGCCUCUGGUGCUGCC